AUGAAUGAAGUGAUUCCCGGUUUGUGGUUGGGUUCGAGACCAGAUUUCUCGAAAGUGUCCACUCUUCAUUGUAAUGGAAUAAAAGCAAUUCUAACAGUUGAACUACAGCCGCUACCUUUGCCAACAUUUUUUGCUUUUAAACGUUUGUACAUACCUGCUAACGACACACCCUACGAAAAUCUUAUGAAGUCCUUCGAAAAAGCCAUAACUUUUAUUGAAGAAAACAUCAGAGGUGGUGUGCUGGUGCAUUGUCUUGCUGGUGUCUCUAGAAGCGCCACCAUAGUUAUUGCCUACCUAAUGUGGAAGUUUAGGAUGACCUUUGAUGAAGCCUAUGAAAAAGUUCUGAAGUCACGCAGAAUCAGUCCAAAUGAUGGUUUCAAAAGUCAACUUAAUAACCCCGUUUUUCACUCUGACGUUAUUAUAUCGCAUAAUCGACCCUCUGAAAAGAAAAACUAUGAGAUGUAA